AAAGUGCGUGAAACUCUGUCCGACAAAAUAUCAUUAAUUGCACAAUUCCGUGCGACAUAACAUUAAUCGCAAUGCAAGUGCAGAAGAAGUGAUUCAAGUGCUUUACAGUUUGUCUACGACUUUAGCAGUGGCUGUGCCAAUUUAGUAGCAAAAUUGAGGUGAGCUCACGAGAGAGAGAGAUACCGAAUGAAUCACUGGGAUUAUCGGAAGCUCAAGCACAGUGGCAAGCAAUGGCCCAGAAAGAAGCUGCUGCUGUGAGUGAGAAUUCUGAGACGGAAUUGCUAAACACCUUCUGGAGUAACUACAACCACAAGCGAACAGCAACAGGCUCUAAUGAAGAGUACAUUUGGUUGGAAUUGUUCCUCUUUCACCUUCAGCAAUGCCAAUCGUCGAGCAUUGCGAGCUUCGAAAAGAACUUCCCACACAGCUCCUCAAUCUCUAAAGCCCUCUCGAAUAUUUUCAUGUUCCUCAAUCUCGCCGCAAGUUACGACUAUGAGGCGAAGAAGAUUCGCACUUUGAUCCUCCUGACACUGCAUAAGAUCGGAAUGAGGGAAGUUGACGAAAUGUUUGCCAUAUCGAUUGUCAGGAGGUUGAAGAGCAUGUCAGAAAUUGGCAUUAGUGAUACAGAAUAUCUUCUGAAAUUCCCAAUUCUCUGUCCAUCGAUCAAAUUACUGAACUCAUCAACCAAAUACAGCAAUGCCAUUUCGCCAAAGAGCUCAAAUCCAAGUGAAAACUGCUUUCUGCAGCAGAACAACAUUGAAAGUCGCGUUCUGGAGUAUGAAGACUAUCUAACGGAUGAAUUUAAGGAGUUUUGUGAUGUUAAGAUUGAUGAUAAAAUUGAAUUUUUGGCUGUGCUGAGCACUCUGCACCAGAUUCUAAUGAUUCAGGGUGUGGAUGAGAAAGAAAACUACUUGUUCACAACAGAGUGCCUUAAAAUUUCCGUUGAUGGCAUCACAGAUCACACUUGCAAGAAUUGCAAUUCAGAGCUCAUUUGGAUAGACAUUCUCUCGAUGGUGCUGCAGAAUGUCUACGCGAAGGAAAUGUCCUUAAUGCACAACAUCCAAAUGAAGGACGUGGUGAAAGGUCUGAUUAUCAAGCAUACAGACUCACGCAGAAAUGCCUCAACAUUAGUCUACUACUCUUAUCACUUGUUCACCAUCAUAAACAACACCUUCUUUGUGGAGAACGAACAAGAGAAUGGCAAAAAUGGAUUUGGAGACUUCUAUUUAGAAAUAGAAUCACGAAAAGAACUCUUUCUCGAGCUCUACAGAAACAUAACGGAGAACAAUCCAGAAAUGAGUGCGAAAGUAAUCAAUCUCUGGAUAGAAAUUUAUGUGAAUUUCAAAGAAAUCGAAGUGAAGCAAAUUAAGCAGCUGCAAAGAAAGCAAAGUGCCAACAAAAAGUACUCUCAAUCUCAUCAUUUGCACAAGCAGCAACCGUAUAGAAAGUUCAUUUGCUUCCUAGAAUGUCUUCUUCUGCACGUCCUGCCCAAUUGCAUGGCACGACAUAAAGGAAAAAUCCUGACAACACUCAAGAAUAUCGGGAUUUGCUGUUGCAAUUGUGCACGAUGGUCCAUAAAAAUCCUCUUGGAUUUGAGUACAAACGAUAAAAUUGCCACAGAAGUGCUUAUCUUCGCUAGAAAGCAAGUGAUAUCGACAAUAUACAGAAAUUCUCACUGUCGUUUGUGCUUUGAGAAGACCAGCUCACAAUUUGCAGAUGAUGAUUUCGUGAAUAUGCACAGAAAUGCAUUUGUCAACAUUUCUGAAGAUAUCUUCCUGCCUCACUUAUCGAAACUGGCACACUUAUUGCCCUUCUCUCUGCAAAGUCGGCUGCUUUUGGAUGUUUUGUGGCCAUUCUUUCUGCAAAAGUGUCGCAAAUCAAACUUUGAGAAUAUCGAUCAGUGCUUCAAGGCAAUCUGUGGAUACUUAAAAGAUCCGGUUCUGAUAAAAAUAUUCCUCACUGAGGACACGCUGGAAUAUUUGAUCAGAAUGAUAUCCAUCCCAAAAGCCUUUCCCUACAUUUACACCAUUCUGCAAAAUGCCCUGCUUAUGGACACUGAAGAUGAGAUGCGAAGCUUAGAGAAGAGAAUUCUAGCAAUAAUACUGGAGAAUACAAGGAUUGUUACUCAAGUACUUAAGAUUUACAUGCGGAAAAUCUAUCCGCAUUGCAUGCAAUCGGAAGAAGCGUUGAGAGACCUGAGAGAAAAUGCUAUAAUAAAACUCUUACUUUCAAAAUCCAUAACAGUGACGCACGUACUUGAAAUGGCUGUUUUACAGUGGAGAAUUAUUAACAGAUUGACCGAAAGUGAUUUUAUGCAAAACAAUCCAGAAUUUUACACACCCAAAGACACAUUUGAUUUUGCCCAAAUGAUUUUGUCAUUUCUUUUGGGAAUAUCGAGAACAUCAGAGCCAAAUCCAUUGAAAGAUGCCAAGAUUGAAACUGUGCCGAUUUAUGGAAAAUAUUUUACUUUACAAACAAGAAAAUCAUUUAAAGUGUCUGAGGAACAAUUGACCAAGAAAAUAACAAUAUUUGCAGAAAGAUAUGACUUGAAUUAUGCCAAAAUAUCGUCUGAAUUGAUGUUGAAUGAACAAAUGGACAAUAUAAACAAUCUCAGCUUUGGUGAAGGCAAACAAUCAUGCACAGAAACAAUAAACCAAGAAAUUAAACAGAACAAAGCCGGCUCAAUGCUGGAGAAAUUCAAUAGAUUCCUCUUCAAUGGUGUUAUCGGCUUUGUCAAUGAUCAAAUCGAUAAGAAUUCGCACAAAAGCGAAAUGGUUGAAUAUGAAAAUAAACUUUUCGAUCAGUUAACAGUCAAUGAAGAUGCUCAGAGACAUAUUUGGGCAAUUUUCCGGGCUGUAUUGAACACCUUUGUGGCAUCUCACGGCAAGAGUGACACUGACUUCAAAAUGCUCUUCGCUCUUCAGGAACUGAAAAAGCUCAUCCUCCAGCACUCACUGGAUACGUGCAAUUCCAUGGAAAGUGCCAAAGCAAUUGUUCGUGCCUUAGAAACCAUCCUAUGUGUGGGAGAAUCAAUUUGUGAGUACGAGUUUGUCAGGAAAUCAACGGAAACACUCAAGAGAAGUGAGGAAUCCGGUGAUGAUGACUUCCAAACACCAUCACAGAGCAUUGAUUUUGAUUUCGAUGACGACAACGCCAGCAGCUAUUUAACAGCUGAAGAUCGUGACACUCUUUGUGAUUCUCCGAGUUGUGAUAAAUUUCAAAUCCACGUCCAAAGUGAAGAGAAGAGUUUUGCAAUCAAUGAAAAUGUCUGCAAAGUUAUAGUGGAGAUUCUUUUUGAGAUUUCUGAGCUGUGCAUCAAAAAUCCAUCAAUUUGGGAGGAUCAACUCUUGAGAUUAUUCGUUAAACUUCGCAAAGUCAAACACUUGGAAGAACUCACAACUUUCCUCAUCAAAGGAUUUUCUUCAAUUCUUGAAUUCAACGAUAACAGAUUGAUUUAUCUGCAAAAUUCAAUAUUGGAGUUGAUUGCAACGUUGGACACGUCAGAGGCCUUAGCUGCUUACUUCAAGCUCUUCACAGCUAUUGAUCCGCCAGUGGAACUGCUCCUGGCGAGACUCACAAGCCUAAGCACAGCUAAAAGGGACAUCAAUGUUCUGGUUGAAGUGAAUUUUCCAACAACCAAAGAUGAUUUGCUUCCCGAGAGUGACCUUAUUUUCUACGAUAGCAUGCAAAUGUUAAAGAUGAGGGCUUCCAUAAUUGCACCCUUGGAUUCUGUAGCCUUCACGCCAUGGAAAACGCAAGGAUUUACCGUGAGUUUAUGGAUGAUUUUAAAGGAAUUCCCCUCGGUAGAGAAAAUGCAGGAUAUCCGGAAUUCAAGGGACAACAAACAACUCAAAUCCAAUCAAAAUACGACGCAUAUCUUCACCAUUGGCACCUCGAAACUCCUGUUGUCCAUUCAUUUGGACAAUGCAGAUCCCAGUCUAUUGCACAUCCAGUUGAUAAAGCCAAGCAAGGCUGUAAUCCAUGAGAGUCUGGAUGUUCACAAAGUGCGAUCAAACUGUCCAGCGGGGAUGCAAAGUAUGUUGAACUUGACAAAAAGUGCUUUGAGAAAUAACUGGGCUUUCAUCCAGAGAGACAGUGAUCAAGGAGACUUUAGAGCUGCAUGCAUUCAAACAUCAAUUAAUGUGAAUCUUCCACUUCGUCAGUGGACAUUUUUCACUUUCUCAGUUAUUCCCAACGAUUCUGGUAUCAUCAUAGACAUCACAGUGAAUUGCAAGGAAAAGUACAAUGCAAUAAUUUUCGCGGAAGAAAUUCACAAGUCCAUUAAGAAUUCAAACAUCAGUCUUUUGGCUGUGGGAGAUUCACAAUUUUCGCAGAAAAAUACCUUACAGCGAGUAAAGUACAGCAUCACGAAUCUUAUGCUAUUCCGGGAAGUCAUUUUUGAGCCUCCCAUACUUGCGAGUUUCAUGAGUUUGGGCCCAAAUUGUAAUAAUCUCAUCUCCGGACAAAUUGGCAAUUCAAUACCCAAUUUUGGCUUCAUCAAUCCACUUUCAUUCAAGACACAUUUACACAUCAGUGUCAAUGAAUCAAUCAGACUUCUUCGAGAACACCUGAUUCUCACCUUCUCUGCUGAAAAUCCGUCAAUUGUCAUGGAAUACAUCACAAAUUGCAACAUAGGAACACCUCUGCACAUCACAAUGAAGAACAAUGCAUGUCAGGCUGAGAGAGUAAAUUCCUUCUAUUGUGCAAUAAUGCAAACUGGAGGACUGUCAUCGCUGCUCUUCCUAUUUGCCAGAGUCGUUGAGGUAACAGACAACUCAAGACUCCAAGCAGCGGCUCUCAGGAUUCUCCUGAAUGUGGCGCACUCGAAUGUCGAACUGUACACAGAAUUCAUCAAAGGAGAAUAUCUCAAUAAGAUUGGAUCGGUGUUAAAGAGCAGCAAGUGUUGCAAAGACUUCCUUAUCUUGCAAUGUUUUAUGGACACAGCAUUCGACAAGCCAAUAAUGUAUGAAAAAGUCGAUGGAUCCUUUGGAUUGACAUCAAAUAACAGCUAUUUGAUCUAUCCCGAAUUGGUGAUCUUCAUAAUAACCUAUUACAGAGAUUGGCACACAGAAUCCGGCAGGGUUUUGGAAUUUACACUUAGAAUACUGAAAUCUCUAGCCUCAAGAAUGUCAAAGGACUUCAACAUCAGGCAGAUGAUGAAUGUUGAUAUCCUUCCGAAUCUCAUAAACUUCUGCAAAGUAUUCUUCGUGGGCGUCUCUCCGCCCAUCAAUAUUACAAUGAAAUCGGCAAAGUUAAUUGUACAGAUUAUAUCAGGAUUUGGACCAACACCACCAUCAACAUCCUUCAUUGAUGAAAUUGCGAAACUUCUACUGCUUCUGCACGAGCCAAGUUACACUUAUGUCACUCAGGAUAGAGGAAAUUACUACUAUCUGCUGUCUAAAGCCACACCCAGUCCACCAAGAUUCAAUCAAAUCGUGAGAACGGCAGAGAGGAUAAAGACAAAGUUCCAUUUUCAGCGUAAGAGAAAUUCUUCCCCAUACAACGCAAUAAAAAGGAAAGUGAGGAGUGUCUCGAUGGACUGCUUGUGUCCAGAUACAGAAUAUUAUGAGAGAGGAUCUCAGAAGGAGAAUUUCCAAGAAACUCUCAGUGAAAUUGUCGAUUUGGCGAAAUCCGACAGUAGAAUUAACAAAGUCUCCAUGAAGGAUGUGACAAAACUGGGAAAGAACAUGCAAAUUGAGAAGAUCCUGAAAAGUAAGAGGACAUUGAGGAAGAGCAUAAGCUACAAUAGGAGUUCAUUUGAGUUGGGAAUCAAAACUUCACCUCUUAUUCAAUCCAAGGCCAAUUUGAGAUCUCCGCUCACAGCUUCAGGCACAUCAGCUGUAAAGGAUAAGCCGAGUGUGGCUGUGGUUCAAAGAGAAUUGCUCAAAUUACUUCAAAAUUUCAUUGUUAUCAUGCCGGACAAUGCUAUUGCCGAUGUUCUCUCCCAUUAUGUCACAUUUCAACUGCUCCUAAUCUUGGCCAACAAUCCUAGUGGCGAUGUGAGAGCAGAAAUUGUCACUCUGCUAGCAAAUCUCUGUGAUCGCAUGCCUCAGGAGAGAAUAUCCCAACACUUCAAAUCAAACUAUUUCUCACACCUCGCUAAUCAAAUAUCAAUCUACCCAGCGAAUUACACUCUGAUGAUGUCCUGUCGAAAACUGGCCGCUUGCUUGCCUGAGUGUGCAAAGCAGAAACAUAGAAUAGGAGUUGUUUUGCUGAUAGCAAUCCUCCCACAAUUGCUUCAUGCUCAUGAGCAUUCCCUGAAGUCAUCCUUGCUAACAAUUUGCAAUAUCUACGAGAAAUACGAAGAUGAUCGAUCAUUUUAUAUCGAAAGCGGACUCAUUCCUUCGCUUGUGAAGUGUGUUAUUGCUCUGUACGUUGAGCAAUCGCACGUUGACUUCGCUCGAGGAAUUGCUUAUCAUGUUCUUUUCACUAUUUACUACUUGUCAAAGAUGUUUCUCACCGCUCACGAUGUUAAGCAUCUGCAAUAUCUGUGGAAUUUAUUGAACUAUAUGGAUUAUACAGAGAGAGAAUCAAGCUCUGAAGUUGUGCGUCAAGGCGUAAGAGCGGCACAAGCCAGAAUAAUCAACGGUUUGUUAAAUGCUUGUCAGCAAAAGUACAAAACCCGCAGGAUUAUUCGAUCGAUUAUCUACAUUAGAGGAUGCAGCUUAUCUGUGCCAGAAAUGAGAUCGCGCUUUCAGAAUCUCCUGGAACGCAGUAUAAUGUUUCUGCAGUCGAAAGACUCCAGACAUGAACUCCAGAAUGAGGAAAACGAACUAGUGAGAUCGAUCAUACGCUUGGGACUCGUUGGACGAAUGAAGAUCGGAUCAAUGAUCAUUUGGUCACUCUGCCCCAGUCGAGGAGUGGACUUAAAAUUCUUCAUAAUACGCUGCCUAUCAUAUUUGAUGAAGUCCAAACAUGUCAUUACCUUUGGCUUCAACCUAUCAUUGAUCAGGACAUUGGCAAAUCACUUCCACUCAGUCGUGAGCGAAAUGCCUGGCCUCGUUUCCACAAGCCAAUUCAUAAUGCUGAGCAAAUUUGUGAAAUUCAUCGGAGGUUCUAACAGUGCAUCGAGUGCAGAUGUUGAAAAAGUAACACUGAGAAUUGAUGAGAUUAGCAAGGGAUUAGAUAUUACUCACUUGCCGGAAAUCGAAAGAAGCAUCCAUGAAUUUGAGUCUAUAGCCUUGUCUUGCGUGGAAACGUCCCUGAAAGUCACACGGACGUACUCUGAGCUACAAAAUACUGAAAGAAGAAAUUUACUGAAUCAAAUGCGCUGCGAGAAGACCUCAAAUUUCAAUUGGAAAUAUUUCAUCAGCCAGAUGACACACGAAGGAACUCCCUUCUACAAUGAGAGAUUCAACAAAGUGUCCUGGGAAAUGGACGACACAGAGGGACCAAGCAGAGUGAGACUCAGACUAAGAAGAUGCAAUCUCACAAUGGCUGAGCGCUUUCUGCUGCCCGAGGCGAGAGAAAAGUACAAGAAUAUAUCUCGUCAUUUGCCACUGCAGUACUUAAUUGAGUCGCUAGAGAGAGAGAAGAACGCAUUAUCCGAUCAGGUGCUUUACAACUUCUCAUCGGCCUACAUUACUGCGGAUUCGGAGUUUCCGGGAGAUCUUGUGGUCACGGAGACCAUGAUUAAAUUCUUCCCGGAUGAUGAAUCUCAAGAGAUUAUCAUUGUGGAAAUUGCCAAUAUUCUGGACAUAUGGCUGAGGCGAUAUGAGCAUCACAACAAGGCAAUUGAAUUAUUCACAGUGUCGGGAAGAUCACUUUUCUUCGUAUUGCGCGAAUUGAAUGAUCGCAAAAUCUUUGCAAAGUAUUUCUCAGACAAGAUUUGUGACUCAUCAAACACUAAAUGGCACUAUUUUAUGCUUCAACAGUGGAGAGAUGGACAAUUGACAAACUGGGAGUAUUUAACAGCUUUGAAUCAAUUGAGUGGCAGAUCAUAUCAGCAUUUAAUGCAAUAUCCUGUAUUUCCAUGGAUCCUGGCGGAUUAUCAAAGUAGUGUCUUGGAUCUUACCAAUCCUAACAUCUACAGAAAACUGGAGAAACCCAUUGCAAUACAGCAUCCUGAGAGCGAAGAACACUUCAAGGAGUUGUACGAAUAUUUGGCUCAGCCCGGAAAUCGGAAUGUAUCCCACUUUCCAUAUCACUACAGCUCUCACUACUCCAACUCUGGAACAGUUCUCAGCUUCAUGAUCAGAAUCCCACCAUUCACGAGCAUGUUUAUCAAAUACCAGGACAACAAUUUCGAUCUUCCCGACCGCACGUUCUUCUCAGUGAGACACGCCUGGCGUCUAGCAAGCAAGGACUCACCUACAGACGUGAAAGAGCUCAUUCCUGAGUUCUUCUCACUGCCUGAGAUGUUCGAGAAUAGUGAGGAUUUCGACUUUGGCGUAAGGCAAUCCGGUGAGCGGGUGAAUCAUGUGACUCUGCCUCCGUGGAGCAACAAUUCGUCACGAUUGUUUGUCCUGAUCCACAGACAAGCCCUCGAGUCAGACUAUGUGAGAAGUAGACUGCAUCUGUGGAUUGAUUUGAUUUUCGGAUAUAAGCAAACAGGAAAAGCUGCAGUUGCGGCUCUGAAUGUUUUUCAUUCAGCCACCUAUCCUGAAUUUCCUGAGCCUGCAUCAACAGAUCCUGUUGACAGAUCAGCCUACACAACAAUGAUCAAGACAUACGGACAGAUGCCUAAGCAAGUCAUAGCGUUUCCGCAUCCACCAGCAACUAAAUCUGACCAGAUUUGCGACUAUCAGACCUCCUUUGCUACGUGCACUGUCAAGGGUCUCAAGUGGGGAAUUUAUACAGGAUCACCACAGCUUCCCAUCCCAGAAUGUGUGGCAAUUUAUCAGCAAGUGGAAGUGCAACUAAGUAAAAUAAUCUGCAUGGAGACAACUAAUGCAGCUUAUGGUUUAUCAUGCUAUGAGAAUUACAUGCAAGGAAUCGAAAUUGACACCUUCUAUUGCAUCACAUGGAAACAUGAGGAUAACAUCGUUAGGAUACGAUCAAUCGGCGAGGAUAUUUCAUAUGCAAAACCACUGUUUCAAUCAUCAAACUUUGAUCCCAUCACCAGUUGUGGCACUCAUAUCAAUUCCAAUCAACUCUGGUUUGGUCACCAAUCCGGCAGAAUUGUCGUGUACCAGUGUAGUGACUUCAUCCCUGAGAAACUGAACAAAACCCGGUACUUAAUGCACUCUCCGCUGGCCAAUACCAUGUCCUACAAUUCGGCAUUCCGCAUGUGCAAAUCCUCAGGCACUCUGGGAAGGAAGAUAAAUGAAACCAUUGGCAAACAGAUCAGAGAUGUUGGCAAUCUAAAGUGGAAAAAAUCCACGACGCUACUUUUCCACGAUGGAGAAGUGACUGGAAUAAGCCUCUGUGUGGAAUUCAAAGUGGCCGUCUCCAUUGGAAAAGAUGGCAAGACAGCAAUCUGGGAUACAAACACUCUGGAAUACAUUAGGCAAAUUCCUCCGCCAAACACAUCAUCACAGCUGCCAAUCACUCUCGCAGCCAUCAGUCCAACAUUGGGAGACAUCGUCACUAUUCACUGCAAUGAGAAUAUGAGUGGAGAAGCCUUGUCAGAUACUGAAGUGGAGGUGGAUGAUGAAAGUUACGAGGUCACAGAGUCAAACAUUGAUGACUUCGUGAAGAUCUCGAUGAAUCUGACUGGGAAGACGCUUCUGCGAGUGCACACCGUCAAUGCCAGUUACGUGAGUCACAUAAUGCUGAAUGAGAACAUCCUGUCCGUGUGCUAUUCCAAUGUGAAGGAGGGAACAGGAAUCAAUGUGAUAGCCACAGGAUUGGAGAGAGGCAUCGUGAAGCUCUGGUCGAGUUGGGAUCUCAAUCUCAUUCGCGAAAUAGACACACAAAUGACCGAUGUUGUAGAUAUUUCAUAUUCGACAUAUCAACAUUUGAUCGUUCUUACAAGAGACAACAUAAUUCAAGUGUGGGAAUCUCCCUGUCUUUUGGGAAAUGCUCCCAAGUUUCCCCAGAGUAUUUUUCGAAACAGCCAGUGGAGAAUAUUGUGAGAUACUAACACCUUGUCACAAAAUAUAACUAAUAUUUUUAGAGAAAAA